AUGGCUACCACUCCUUUCUAUAGAGAGCUCAACUUUGCCUCUGAUAAAUCGGCCCCUGGUGCAUUCGAGUUUCCGUUCGUGACAUGCGUGUCGUCUGGAGAGCCUUUACAUCUGAAGCCACAUAAAGUUCAGCUCCAUGAUCUACGCAAGGAGGAUCAGCGGCCGUCGUUGGAUGUCGAAGGCUUUACUUGGCAAACGGUACCGUUCGAAGGUUUGAAUGGAGAGGAGGGAUGGGAAGAACGCUAUAUGCAAGAGACCUGCGAAUGGUUGAAAAAGCAUGCCGGCGCGAAAGAUUGCAAAGCAAUAAACUACCAGAUCAGACGUAGAGCUGCAGACGGACUGUCUCAUCAAGAAGCAAACUAUGCGCAGGAUUCUGAUCAAGUUCUCUCGAAACAACCUGUACCGGCCGUUCAUGUUGAUAUUAACAGGGAGCGGGCGCGUGUACGAUGUCUGACUCCAUACGAAGAGGACCCUUUAGCUGUAAAGGCGGAGAGAGUCGCAAUUAUUAAUGUAUGGCGGCCGCUUCAUGGGCCGGUGAUGGAUGCGCCGCUUGCAGUGUGUGAUGCUCGCACGUUCGACCCCAAAGACAUGACCCAUACAACCGACAAAUACGGCGGUGGAUAUUUUAUCAAACAUAAUGCGAAUAUGAAGUGGAUGUACAUCCGCGACCAGAUGCCAGAUGAGAUCCUUGUCUUUCGGCAAUUCGACAGCACUUUGAUUCCUACCGCUGGAGACGCAGCAUGCGUUGCGCACACGGCUUUCAUUGACGAGGAGCGAAAGAACCUAGGAGUACCUCGCCAAAGCAUCGAACUGCGCUGCGCUCUUGUAUAUUAA